AAUUGUGCAUGAAAGCAUAAGUAAAGAUGCAUUAGAAAGAAGAGAAAGGAGAACCAUAAGACCAUAUGCUGUUGUGGUUCAGACAUGAUGUGAUAAAACUAAAAAGGAUUUACAACCCCAAAUCCUGGGUUUUCCCACAUCCUUUUGUAAAUUUCCAUCUCUUACUUCUCUCACACUAAUCAGCAGAAAUUUACAUUGCUAUUACCAUGAUUUUGUAAGGGGAGGGUGUGAUUUGAUUUAAGACAGCCUCUGGAAUUAUUUUCCUGAUAUAAAGCUUCAGUGUUUUCUUUCUGCUCGUCUUCUGAAGCAAACAUGAAGUCUUCUCUGUUGUCCGUAUGGACAGCUGCAAUUUUCCUCGCUCUUUACUCUCAGACUGUGAGAGGGAAGGACUGUGUGUGUGAGCUGAAGAAUGCACAGCGUCCUUUCCCAAUGAAGCAACUGGACUCCAUCCACACUGCGGCUGACCGAUGCAACAGGAGCAUUACUUCAACACAGUUAACGGAGGUGGAUGUACUGAUGCUGGGAGUGCAGCGGCGUCUGGAUCAGCUGGAGAACAGCGUGUCUGUGUUGGAGAAUGAGGAUGAUGGUGAUCUGUAUGGAGCCGUGUCACUGAGAAUCAUCGAGCUCGAGCUCGCCGAGGUCCAGGUGCUUCUGGGUAAACUGAAGAACACCAUCAGGUCCCACAAGCAGCUCAGUGAGAUCACAGCAACCAAGCUGCAGAACAUGACUGAGGGCAUGCAGGAGCUGGAGGCCUUUGAUCGUUUGCAGGUAGUGAGCAAACAGCGAGAAAAUCGGCGCCUGAUGAAAGAGUUGGCUGGGUGUCAGCAUGAACUUCAGGCCACCCCUCAGCCUCCCACUCCUCAACCACACUGUCCACAAGGCCAAUUGGUCAAUGUAAAUGGCCCUAGAAUUUAUUCCCUCACCCAGCAUGGGACCUCAUAUUCUUAUGGCGCCUGGGGGAAAGAUCCAAAACCCGCUCCAGGUAAGGAGGACAUGUACUGGCUGGUGGCUCUGACCAGCAGCAAUGUUUACGCUAACUAUGUGCGGCAUUACAGCAGUUUGAGCACUAUACUGGUAGGUGUGGGUCCUGUAGACACCACCAUUGCUUCUUCAAACCCCACCACAAACACCAUCAUGGGUCCUAACGUGGUGCAGUAUGGAGAUGCGCUAUACUAUGGCUGCUAUAAUUCACCAUCUGUUUGUCGCUUUAACAUCUCCACCCGCUCCGUCACCAACACACCACUUCCACAAAACUCCGGCUUUAAUAACAAGUUUCCUUUCGGCCACUUGGACGCCACGUACAUCUACACAGACUUGGAUUUCGCCACAGAUGAAUCUGGUCUCUGGGUCGUCUACACAACACCGGACAAUUUUGGCAACGUGAUCCUUAGCGAGGUGUUAGAAGGCAGUCCUCCAUCUUUGGGCCGGUCGUGGCGGACAUCACUGCACAAGCGCACUGCCACUAACACCUUCAUGGCAUGUGGAGUGCUUUACGCCACACGUUUCCAGGACAAACAGACGGAGGAAAUUUUCUACUCCUUCGACACAGAGACAAGGGAAGAGCGUUACGAUCUGAAGAUUCACCUCAAGAAAAUGCAGACCAACAUCCAAUCUCUGAAUUAUAACCCACGAGACCGAAUGCUCUACGCCUACAGCGACUCGUACAUCGUCUCGUAUGAUGCUGUUCUUUGUUCCUGUAAUCGUUAAUUAAAUAGUGCCUUGUACAAGUGUGUGUCAAAGACACGGAUUAUCUUUUCUAUAUAUGCUUUUUGAAGUCAGAACGGAUUUUCUUUGUUAUUGAAUACACUUGUCAGAAUCAUGUCU